AUGCCCCCUUCCAAAGGAUUAAAAACGUGGCUACGGCCCAAAUCAAAACGAGAACAACAGCCUACUGAAACGCCUCAAGAACAAGAAGAACGCGAUCUACAACGUGCGAUUGCAUUAAGUCAACAGUCAUUACAGGAAGAGAAUGAUCAGCGUGCGCGACUCGAGUUAUUAGCCGAGCGCACGCUACAUUUUAAACCCAUGGAGCUCCAUCGACACCAUGAUCAACUCUCCAUCGCCAAUGGAGAAGAAAACGAUCAGUUUGUGACAUUAUCGAAUCGUGUCACUGUCAAAAAAGAAAAGGCUUCUUCUCCUUCGCCACCCACGCCUUCACGAGAACGACAACGAAGAAAAGAUAAACAAAAGCAACAGCAAGGACACGAAGAAAAAGAACGGCCAUUAUCAACACCACCAGCACCACGUUCUAGACAAGAAGAAGUGGAAGAGGAAAUUGUGUUUGAUACGGCCGACAUUGAUGCAUGGUUAGCGGAAGACAGCAAUAACAACGAUUACGACUAUGAGUACAAUUCAGAAACAGAUCCACUUGCGUCUAGUCCUCCUUCGCCUUAUUUCCAUGAUUUUGGAACUGAGAAACUUGAUGACAGUCGGACGGUUAUUGAACAGUCUGCUGAACAGUCUGCUAAAGAAGAAGAAGAAGAAGAAGACGACGACGAUUAUGAGGAUGAGGAUGUGGAACUAGAAUUGUCAUUAUGUCCGUUAUGUCGUGAGCCAGUCCCACAUGCCAUGUUAUAUCAACAUACGCUUGGUUGCUCGGGUGGAGUUGACAAUGCUGACGACGCUGCCAUCACCAACAUGAGCAGUAGCAGUAACAAGCACAGGCGACACAUCAGCAGCACGUCUACAACAACAAUGCCAACCGAAGCAGAACGAGAGAAUUUGAGAAAACAUAAAGCAUCAAAAUCAAUGGCUGCAGGUGUCUUGCAGGAACAAAAAAGACACAAAAGUUUGAACACAAGCGCCACCUCGGCAAGAAGAUCUCACGACCAUUAUUCACCACAUGAUGCCGAGUUAGAAGGACAGUUUGACACUGCCGGCUUUGGGGGAAACGUGUCUGGACUCAGUUGGGAAUCCCGAGGGCAGGCCCGUUAUCGAUGA